AUGGCCCUGCCAGAGCAACCGUUGUUUAGCUGUUCAGCUUUGUCGCAGACUAAUGGUACAACUGUUGCUCAGUCGAGUCUGAUUAUUGACCAACUCCGAGAGGUUUCCUUAUGCCAGAGUGGAAAAAUGUUUAGUCCAGCUGGUUUAUCGGAGUGUUUGCGCGAAUGGGAGGAUUUAGAGAAGGACUACCAACAAAUUCAGGACACCCAUCGUCUAUAUAAACAGAAACUCGAGGAAGUGACCAAACUGCAGGACAGUUGCUCCAGCGCUAUUGCACGUCAGAGGAAGAAACUGAAAGAGCUCACCGCAUCGCUAGAAGAAUGCAAAGCAAAUUCUUCAACAGCCAAAUUAAGCCCAAAGGAGGUGGAUGCCAUCGCGGAAAUCAAGGACUCCAUUAAAGACAGAACUCAUAAUUUCUUUGAGAUGGAAGCAUUUCUCCCAAAGAAGAAUGGGUUAUAUCUCAGUCUUGUUCUAGGAAAUGUCAAUGUAACACUCCUCAACAAACAGGCAAAAUUCGCCUACAAAGAUGAAUAUGAGAAAUUUAAACUGGUCCUCACCGUCAUCCUCUUCGUAUUUUCUUUCACGUGUCGCUUUUUGUUAAGCUACAGGGUCCUCGAUGCCCUGUUCAAUUUCCUGUUGGUGUGGUACUACUGCACACUCACCAUCCGGGAGAGUAUCCUCAUCAGCAACGGCUCAAGGAUCAAAGGCUGGUGGGUUUUCCAUCACUAUGUGUCUACGUUCUUGUCUGGAGUCAUGCUCACUUGGCCUGAGGGGGCUCUCUACCAGAUGUUUAGAAACCAGUUCCUAAGCUACUGUCUAUACCAAAGCUUUGUCCAGUUCCUCCAGUACUACUAUCAAAGUGGCUGUUUGUACAGACUCAGAGCACUGGGAGAGAGACAUAACAUGGACCUUACAGUCGAGGGUUUCCAGUCCUGGAUGUGGAGAGGCUUGACCUUCCUCCUUCCCUUUUUGUUCUUCUAUCAUUUUUGGCAGCUCUACAACAGCAUAACACUCUUCAGGAUGUUCCAGCUCCCAGAGUGUAAAGAAUGGCAGGUUUUGAUGUGCGGCUGCUCUUACUUGGUGCUCUUCAUGGGAAACGUCUUCACCACGCUGGCAGUGGUUUACCAGAAAUACAUGAACAAUCAGGACAAGUCCAAAAGCAUGUAAAUACCUGAUGAGAUGGCAACGCCAAGAAUCCAUUCUAUUCAUGGAACGCUGAAUUUACAAAAUUAUAACCACGUUAAUCUUUUCUGUAAGAGCACUUUGCCUCAAUUAUUGUCCAUGUGUUUACAUAUACUGCUGCUUCUAUCAAUGUGCAUCUAAUUUCAGGUCCUUUUCAUUUCAUUUUUUGCUAACUGUUGGUUAAAGUGUUACCAUAUUGACUUGUUUAAAAAAAACAAAGGAAUCAGGUACUUUGUCGGUCUUACUCAGUUACACUGUGAGAUUGUUGGAUUAUGUCUUGGUCUGACUUUUGUUGCUUGUUAUUUACAUCGUAUUUAUUUAGGAAAGUAUAAAGUUUCUCACUCAGGAGCUGCUUUUUAUCUUAGCCUCACACUGCUGAAUAAAAAAAAAAAACC